CCCUCUUCUGCUGUGUGCAUCCGAGGGAGCAGAGCCAAUUGCUCUCCCCCAGCGUGUCCAUUCAUGCCUGAUCCUCUUCCAUCCCUGUGAAUAUCUGAUCCUGCAGCCUUUCGUCUCGAGCAACCCGGCUUACCACAUCGGGUUUAGCGCUGAGCUCGAUCCGCUUCUGGUACCUCACCCUCGCCCAGUCAGGACCUGCGGUUAGGAGCGAACGGCAUUAUCCACUCCAUCCCCCUCCAGCGACCUCCCCUUCGCUCUCGUUCGACGGGAGAUCUCAUCGACAGAGACGAGAAUCCGUUGUCAUCGAAUCCUCAGGUCCAAAACGGCGGCCCAGAAGGGGCACGAUCUCUCUGCGACUCUUCCGUGCUCCCUUCGUCGACCUAUCCGCGUUUAACCUCUCUCACAACCCCCCGUCCCUCUCUCUCUCCCUCCACCUCCCUCCCGCCCCCCCUCUUAUCCCACGGCCGCUGGGACCCGCAAAUUCGCCGUUGGUCAGCGGUCGCCUGGGAGCCGACGGCAGCAAAGCAGUCCUGGUUUUGAAAGAUGGAUAUCGAUACACAACAUCCCGUCAUCGUCGGCGACAUGGCGUCCAUGACUCCUCCUGCCAGCGCCGACGGAGAGAAGCCGUCGCCUCGUGCUGACUCGCCUCGAGGAUCCGACAUGGACGUCGAUUCCGGCGCUUCAGUCGACGACGACGAGAUCCGGCCCGACCACUACUACGGCGGCGGCAGGAUCCCAAUCUUCAAGCCGACUAUGGACCAAUUCCGCGAUUUUCAGUCGUUCAUCCACAAGAUCGACAAAUAUGGCAUGGAAUCUGGUGUGGUCAAGGUUAUUCCGCCACAGGAAUGGUUGGAUGCCCUUCCAUCACUGGAAGAAUCUGUUAAGUCCAUUCGGGUGAAAAAUCCUAUCAUGCAAGAAUUCCAUGGUUCCCACGGAACUUAUACUCAGGCGAAUAUUGAAAAGCAACGAUCUUAUAAUUUGCCCCAAUGGAAGGCACUGUGCGAGGAGACGAGUCACCAGCCUCCCGCUCGUCGUGGAGAGAGACGGCGCGCCCAGGAGAAGCCCGCACGUAACAAUGCAAGAGGCCAGACGAACAGGUCUGACUCGCAAAAGCGGAAACCUGGUCCUCCUAACUCCAAAUCUAAUGAGCCGGAAAAAACAGCUGACGGCCCUGGGGAAAAGAAACUGGAAGGGCCACCGACUCCCGUCUCCCCACAAUCCAACCCAGUUGAGCCAAAGUCCGAGGAACUGAGUGAGGGAGAAUCUUUACCAGCACCAAAGCCCAAAGGAAGACAGCCCAAAUCUGUUACCGCGCGACGUAAGUAUAAUCGCGGAGAUGCAGCAGAUUAUAUUGAUGAGGAAGCUUUCAAGGACUUUGACUACCAUCUCUCUGGAAGUGAGGAAUACACCCCGGAGCGUUGUGAAGAACUUGAGACCGCUUACUGGAAGUCCCUCAUGUACAAUAACCCCAUGUACGGUGCAGAUAUGCCGGGUUCCCUUUUUGAUGACUCCGUCACAUCCUGGAAUGUUGCUAAGUUACCCAAUUUGCUGGACAUCCUUGGUCAGAAAGUCCCUGGAGUGAACACCGCAUAUCUAUACCUGGGAAUGUGGAAAGCUACAUUUGCCUGGCAUCUAGAGGAUGUGGACCUCUACAGCAUUAACUAUAUUCACUUUGGAGCCCCAAAGCAGUGGUAUAGCAUCUCUCAACAGGAUCUUCCUAAAUUCGAGGCCGCCAUGAAAAGCAUCUGGCCAACUGAUUCAAAAAACUGUGACCAGUUCCUGCGUCAUAAAACCUAUUUGAUUUCUCCUUCCUUCCUCAAAUCCCAAUAUGGGAUCACUGUCAAUAAGAUGGUACACUAUGAACGCGAGUUUGUUAUUACUUAUCCUUAUGGAUACCAUUCUGGAUUCAAUCUAGGUUAUAAUUGUGCCGAGUCUGUGAAUUUCGCGACGGAGAAGUGGCUCGACUAUGCGCGGGUUGCGAAGAAAUGCAACUGCGAAGCCGAUAGCGUCUGGAUUGAUAUCCGAGAAAUUGAAAGGAAAUUAUGUGGAGAAGCAACUCCGGAGUACUAUGACGAGAUGGAAGAUCAGUUUGAAGGCGCAUCCGACCUACUCACCCCCCCUCGCAGCGUUCCUGAGAAAUCUGGCCCCCGCAAAAAGCGAAAGCACGAUAGCGGCGAGUCCAAAACGAAGCGAGUCAAGUUGCAUCUAGAUGGCCCAAGAAAGGUUCCGUGCAUCUUGUGUCCUAAUAAUUUGGAUUAUGAGGAACUGCUGCCUACUGAAGACGGCCUGUAUCAUGCCCAUAGGCGAUGUGCUCUUUACAUCGACGAGACUUCCAUUCUCAAAGACGAGUCCGGCAAGGAAGUCGUAUGUGAUGUCGAUAAGAUACCAAAGGCGAGAAUGGGUCUGAAGUGUUUAUUUUGCCGAGAAGUGAAAGGGGCUUGCUUCCAGUGCAUGUAUGGUAAAUGCGCUAGGGCGUAUCAUCCAACAUGUGCACUUCUCGCUGGUGUGCAGGUUGAAUUUGGCAAAAUUUCUGUUACUGCGGACGACGGAUGCGAAUACACUGUACCGGGAGUUGACCUCAAGUGUAAAUAUCAUCGACCAAAACGACUUGGGUCCCAGUCGCCGGAAAGUAUGGAUAUGGAUUUCAAGAUCACAGAAACGGCCAAGAAGUUACGCCCUGGGGAUUUAAUACAAUUCCAGGCUGAUAAAGAGAUCAAUGGUGCGGUUGUGCUUGAAAACCGACCGGAGGAGCGCGCGUUGUUGCUGAAAGUGCUUCCGCGAGGUGACGUGAUCGAAUUACCAUAUCGUUGGAUAUUAAUCGUGAAGAAGUCCAAUUUCCUCCCGCUUCCUUCUGGCAUUAAACCACUCCCGGCGCACUUGGCUCGAAAGCCGGAGGCUCGGAAAGACCUAGCUUCAACUAUUCCUUCACACGGUACACCGUUCGGGGACCCGUGGCUUCCAUACCAAUGGGCCGAGUUCUCCUGCGUCAAACCUCCCUUUAACUCAGACACCAGCAGAGUCGACGUUUUCAAACCUGAGCAAAUCUGGUAUUAUCUUGGAAGAACAUCCACGGAGUGCCGUGCGCAAUACACCGAAAACCCAGCACGUUCCGUCCAUAACCCUCGUUCCAACUUCCUCGAGAGCGUAAAGUCGUUAAGAGCGCCCGCUAUGGCUACAUCUCACCCCAACACUUAUUCAUCGAACCAACAAAAAUUCUCCUCCGGGGCACGCAUUGCCGCACCUGCUCCUCCCGUCCCUACACGCCCUAUCAUGACUCAGAAACUCCAACUGCCAGCUACUUCCGAUAUGCCAGGCCCAGUUUUCAGAGAAAACAAAGGGAUGCAGCUUCUAACGGCUCGUCGUCUUCUUGCUUCGAUCACGGAACAUGCCAAUGCUGGCGCGGGCUACAUCAUCGUCGACCCUGAUUUUGUGGCUCAGAUUCUGUUGGGCGAUGGUUUGACGGUGCCAAAAAACGGAAUGGAGAAGUUGAAGAAGGCUAUGUCAGAGUCGAUGAUUAGGCCUAAAUCCAAUAACGGGUUGCUUCCCUUGCAGCCAUUGAAUAUGGAAGCAGACGAAGUCGACCAUCUUUUAAGGAUGCUUCGCUUUGCGAUUGUCGACCUUGCCCAAAAGGUUUAUGGAAAUGAUACAAAAUCUGGAAAGCAGCCUGAGCGAGCAUCGGUGAAAGAACCUCGUGUUUCCUCGUCCAGCGUUGCGAUGUGGGGAAAUUUCGACGGCUCGCGACGCCAGUCCGUUUCCGUUUACAACUCGCCGUACGCCCCUGGAUUUGGGUUUUCACAGUAUGCGAUUAAGGAAUAUGGCCUGGGGCCCCCACGGUUGGCACAAAAGGAGCACUCGGCGGCCGAUUUCUUUGCCAAGUUAUCCCAAGAAGACAAAGAAAAGGUCAUCCAGGCCUGCGGCAGUGUUAACGCCUCGAGGAAGGCAGCCGCAAGCACAUCCAUUGCUCCAGGAUUAGAAAUGAGCCAAGUAUCAGGCCUGGACAUCCCGGUCACUACGACAUCUAUGGAUCCCAUGAACCUUGAUCCUCAUCACCUAUCGGCCUUUGACAUGACACUACAUGCCGAUUCUCCGGCAUCGAGCUUCAGCAGAACAGCAAUACAUUACCAGUCUCCUCAAGAUUUUUCCGCGCAGGUAGAACAUGAAUCGUCGUUACUCCCCAGACAUUUGCAAGAUCAUCAUGACCUGUUCGGUGACCAGCAGACAAACCAACGCUUUUGGCAACGAAGUGUUCCUUGGAAUGACGGCGACACCCAGUCCCAUAAUGAUGAGCCUCGCCCUUUUUUCGGACCACAUCUGCCACCUGCCGGGCAUGACUACCUUUCAUCAGACAUGGACUUCGAGCGGGGCCCCGGUUCUCUGCAUUCCAUGGACAUGGCCGGCUUUGGUUUUGAUGGUCCCGAUGAUUUGUAUCCCGAUCCCAGCCCGUAAUUCGCUUUCUACCGAUACUUCACCCCGGUAUCCUAUCACCUGGGCAAGGUGAUUCCCAGAUGUGUUCAACCACAGUUAACGGAAUCGCCCCGCUUGAAAUUUAUACGCCCCUCGAAUCCUUCUAUACUCUAAUAGCACGACAAUUUUUGCUUACUUUGUUUCCUGACUGCCUUGCGACCAUACCAGUACAUGGUAUGAUAGAAAUUCCGGCGUCCUAUGGGCUUCCUAGCGGCUGGCUUGAUCGGAUACAUUAAUAUCCCGCGUGACGACACUGUUAAUGACCUCAAAAAACCUUCACGAUGAUUCGAUGACAAAAUUCUUAAAAAGCGUUCUCGUUUUCUUUUCUACGAAGACUUGUGGCUUGUUUCGCUGUUUAUUUGACUGGCCAUCCAACCAUUCGCUUGAUGGAUAAUUGUUGCGACUUCAACGAUAUUCGCGGCUCACGACAUCAAGCAUGUUACUCUCCGUGCAUAGGCGACAGUUCUCGGGAAACGUGCACCGAUAGCUGGACAGAUGCCAAGUAAACAUCACUUUUGCAUCUGGAGGAAUACAAUCAUGAAUAAUACAAGCCUCCGUUCCACUUCGGGUCCUAGUACGUACCCCAGUUGGAACGGUCUCUCAGAACCCUGAAAUAACGGUGUGCUUCGUAUGUAUAUGGCCUUUGUUUCCUUUUUUUUCCCCUGUAUCAAUUGUUUUUACACAUAUUGGGUGGUGUUUUGUUGUCUCCUUUCUAUCCCCUAUCUCCUUUGUUCAUCUUCUUCUGUUCUCUCACUGCACCCUACCUAUAGGUUGUUGUGCGAUGAUACACGAUGAUAUCACCCUCGAUAUAAAAAAAAAGCCCCUCUUCUUCAUGUCCUGUCUGUACCCUCGCCCCUUUCCCAAUUUAAAUAAGAAUCUUUUGUCCUAUCUGUAUUGGGACCCGUUGGUUGUUUUUACUUUUAUUGCUUUUUCCCUUCACUUCUCUUCUCUCGUUAUCGCCUUGCCCUGAGUCUACAUCUCACAGAGGAAAGGCGAGAAGGAAAGGAGAUGGGUGGGAAAAUAAGCGCCUGUUUCUUAAGGCAAGGUGGAGGGAAUUUGUAACACCUCCCGACACUUGAUAUUUCCCUUUGUUUUCUCUCCGCCCGUUCUAUAGUAGCUUUGAGAUAUUGAAUGGACAAAAAUAUAAAUCAAGAGGAGCUCUCAAAUAAAUAGCUUUUUAUAAUCAUUAAUAAAA